GCGGGGCGCUGGUCCUCGUGCCGCCUCCUCCCUCCUCGCCCAGGACUUAGGUGCCCGGUCCCGGGGAGGCCUCGGGGGACCUGGCGGGGGAAUCCUUGGGAGCUUGGUUCUGUGCUCCAGGGUCCAGCCGACGUUUCUUUCCUGUCCUGUCAUCUGCAGACAUUGAAAGAUUAGGGCACACAAUGAAGAUGCUCAAUGAAAACCAGAAGCUCCACCAUCACAGUUAAGAACCCCAAAACCAAGGAACAGAGAGCAAGCGAGAUCGGUCUGCAUGAGCAUGGACGAAGCUGACUUUUCAGAAGACAUGACUUACAAGCAACAGGAGGAUUUGCCUUAUGAUGGAGAUCUCCCCAGGAGCAAGAUGCACAAUGAGUGUAACGUUCCUUCAAAUGAUGCCCACGCCAAUGUUGCUGAUCAGACUACCCCUCAGAAAAAGGCUCCACAGGAGACUUUCAGAAACAGAGCUAUGGUCAUGGCCCCAGAUAAAAUCACUGAAAAUCAUGUCGACAAAAAUGAUGACAAAAAGAAGCAAUGCCUCAUCAUUCCGUGUGUUGCAGCUAAUGAAGGAGACACCUCAAAGACGAAUGUGUCUAAUAUUUUACACCAUCAUCUUUCCAGAGAGCGGUCCCUAAGAGGUCAAGGCAUUGAAGAUAAAGCUCCCCAAAAAACCUGGAGUUCAGACAGCACUGAAGAAGCAGCCAUCAUUGAAAAUAUAAUUUCAGGCUAUAUUCAGAGUCCUUGCCCGAAAGAACAAAGCCCAGCCAUCACAGACCAACUCGACCUUAAAAGGGAUGGUGAAAGCAGCCGGAAGUCCCAAAGGAGAAUCACAGCAGAAGAAAAUGCCUGUGACCCAGGAGGGCCAGAUGUUGCUGGACAGAACCACCAUCAGGAAAACACAAAGCUCCCCAGUAAAAUCGAGGGUCCAAGUGAUAAACUUCAAAGCUGCCAAGGGCGAGCACCCCAAAAACAGGAAACAGAAAUAGCACUUUUGGGCAGUUGUUUCCACUAUGGCCAAGGUCAAGUUCUUUGCCAGUUCCCUAAUUUCUGGAAGGUUGCACCUAAGGUGAAAAUGUCCAAAGCUAACACCAUGGAUAGAUCAUUGAUAAUAACUAAACAACCCAUCUUUUCUCCUAAACUGAGAUAUAAGCCAGCUAUUAUGCAUGAUAUUUUAGAAACCAUGUCUAGGUCAAAUUGUUCUGAAAAGCAACAUCAAGAGCAGAAAAGAAAAAUCACAAAAGUUCCACAGGUGAACAUCUGUGUUGUGUCCAGUCCUCCAGCGGCUAAGAUGAAGCCUACAGCCCUUGUCCGCCAGGAACUUCUCCCAGGAACAGAAUCUGAGACAAAGCUCUUAAAGCUGUCGUCAACCUGGCAAAACGAUCGUCUCUCAAGUUCUUCUUCCAUAUUUCAGAAGAUAUCCCAAGGAAAACAGAUGUGUCAGAGCUUGAAAGAACAGACAGAUCAGCUGAUGACCAAAGUGCAAGAAUUUUCCAAUAGAAUAAAGCAGGACUCUAACUGCCAUUUGCAAGACCCAACAGAGGAGCUCCCCAGUGGCCCUUCCGCUCGGCAGGACGGAGCAGAGAUCCCGCCGUUCAGCUCCAGAUGCGCCUUCUGCCGCCACCGGCUGUUGGAAUGGAAGCAAAAGAUGGAGAAGAGCCGCCACAGAGCGAUGAACUGUGGAAGGCCUGCUGCUGACGAUUGCGAGAAGGUCCUACUGCGGGACUCGGCCCUCAGCCCCAGUUUCUGUCCUGAUUUUUAUGCUGGACCGCAGAGCACCAGAUGUGAGGAUGGCAGCAGCACUCAGGGUCCUAAGCGACCACCCAAAGAAUUUCUUUACAGAUACAACAGCCCAGGGCAGAGCUACCUGAAUCAGAGCCAAGGGAGCAUGCUAUUGCAGCCCCGUUCUGCAUCACCUUGCUCAAAAUCAAAAUGGAUCUGUUCCCAGAAAGUGAAUCUUAAAUCCAUUCGUGAUGAGCAGGCACCCACACCUGGGAAAAAAAAUCUGCAGCCCCUUUCAGCCUCCAGCCCACACCCUGCCUCUCCCUUACGCCCCAUCCAGUCCUGCAAGAUAUCGGGGAGCAAAUCCCUGUGUGAUCUGAACACCACCAAAGAUACGGAAUCCAAGAUUUUAAACUCAGCUUUGGAUCAUGCUCUAAAGACAGCAAGCAUUUUGAAAAAAACUACCGAUCAAAUGAUUAGAACAAUCGCAGAAGAUCUUGCCAAAGCAGAAAGAUGGAGAAAUCGGCUGAAGUACUAGCUCAGCCCAAGCCAACGGAGGCUUAGAGACAAACAAAUUGCUAGACAACCCAAUCUACCGACUCCACCCCUCUAUUUUAUUUAUUACACAGUUUAGGAAGAUGCUGCUUGACAGAAGAUAUCCAAAACCUGAGGAAUAGUGACACAAAAUGCUUACUGGGGGAUGGGGAAGAGAACGCUUAAAAUCAAGUAUUUAUUUUAAAAUAAACCUAUGUCCUAACUUACAUUAAAGAACUCAGACUGGCACGCUAACAUUUACUUUUACCUAUUCGUCUGGAAAAAGUGAAAGUCUUGGAAAAAACACCAUGUCACUGAGGGUGGGGUUCAGUAGGUGCUCUCCCGCCCUGCUGGUGGAGGGAGGUAUCUGUGCCAGCUUUUUUAGAGGAAUGCUAGAUAGUCCAGACACCCUGACUGACAAGGGGUCACUUCCUGACGAAUUC